AUGAACGUCGGUGUUGUGGUUGCUUGCAUAUUUGAUCAAGGAUGCCGCUAUGUAGCCAUGCCUCAGGGUGUCAGAAAAGUUGGCCGCUGGAAGCAUGAAAGACGAAAUUACCAUGUAAAGACGCUGCAGGAGAUCAUUCUGUGCCUCCCGGCACUCCCUGUUAAAAAUGCCAAUGCUAUUGUUUUUGGGAACCUCAAUGGAAUACGACUCACCGGCAUGACUUUGAGGCAUUAUUCGUCCUCUUCGUCUGCCUGCAUCAAGAGUGGUAAUUCGUCGUCAUCACAGCGUCUGCCUCCCCGCUAUCAUAUUCGCUUCUGA